UGAUGACUUAUUUAACAGUCAAUUGGUUUCUAAAUAGAAAGUUGAUUUAAAACUGAAAUUAUAUCCUUUGUUACAUGCAUGAUGACAAAUAAUUCAAUACAGGAAACAUUUGAAUCAUCAUAAAAUAUAUAAUAAAGACCAUGGACAGAGAGAGUAUGCAGAAGCUGUCCCUGCGUCUGUCCAGGGUGCUGGAGGACAUUGGAGUCAGCAGGUACAUCCGCACCAGAAGGAAGAGAACACUCCUGAUGGAGGAGGCACAACAGAGGAUCAAAAAUGAGUUACAUGGUUACAAGUUCAUUCCCUACACCUUCGGUAGCCAGACAGAGGGGACCACCACACUGGGGAUGGAGUCAGAUAUAGACACAUUGACGUGUGAUAACAACUGGCCAGUAAUACUUGAUUGGAGUGAAUGGAGGCAGGGGAAGGGGAAUCUUCUUGUGGUUAAGAAUAUACAAUCUCCACCCCAGCACUGCUGGCUUCAGCGCGUAAUACCUGACCUCCCAUUACCAUGGACAGGGGUCAACAGCCCUAGUGACAUGGUAGAUAGUGAGGGCAGAGUGCUGAUGACUAACACUCAAAUUGUGAUCCUUGAAACCUUCAGACAAAACAGCGAGUCUGGAGAGGUGGUCCAACAUGGUCCAUCAAAAAGCAUGCAUGAAAACUUGGAUCUUAUACUAGCAUAUCACUGUACCAGCCUUCCUGAAGAGUGCAAGUUUCUAUUCCAUAGGCCACGCCCCGGUCACUGGCCCAGACCUGAUACACUUACCACGGCAAGGCAGAGUGGAGUGUUCCUGGUACCACAAGGAUACACUGAGGAUCCUUCUAUACCAGUCAAGUGCCGCUCCACAACAUUUCAUGUGCCUCCAGAAGACAUGUACUAUCCUCUAUAUAAGCGGGAGUGGAGAUUUUCAACUUCAAUCAUGGAGAGACUUCUGGUAUUUGAUAUGAAUAUAAUACAGCAUAAGGUGUAUGUAUUUCUGAAAAUGCUCAGAAAAUCAAUAAUAAAGCAGGUUGUUGAUGAUCGUUUCAGCACAUUUCACAUGAAGACUGCAAUUCUGUUUACAAUAGAGACAUAUCCACCAAACAUAUGGAGUGAAGACAACCUUGCACAGUGUGUAAUCUACUGCAUGACCACACUUCUCAGAUGGCUAAAGAUCAGGUUGUGUCCACACUACACCAUCUCAGGGGUGAACCUGUUCACUGGAAAAUUGUUCAAACAUGAACAGUACAAACUGCAUUCAAUGAUAACAGAAAUCAUUAAUAACAACUUCCAGUGCCUAUAUACAAUUGAAAUGGAUGAUCUGGGGAGGAGAAUGUCAUCUGUUAUUUCAUCCCAAAAUAUUGGUGUUGACAAAAGAUGUGAGCUCAAUAAAGUCCAAAUGACUGGAUUGUACUAUUGGUGGGCACGGGAAAUUAUUAGACCUGAAAAUUUAUAUUUCAAUGAGAUUAAGAAUUUAGAUCAAUAUUUGGAGACAUUGACUUUUCAGAAGAACAAUGGAACUGAAAUAGAACAAGAGGCAGCUUUCUUGUUCAUGUCAUUAGUGUGUGGAAUCAAUGCCUCCAUCCAAGCCUCCAGGUGUAUCUACCAAGGACAACCUAUCACACACAACAUUCUCCAGCUGUACCAACUGUCCUUUGACUCGGAUCUGCUGUCCAGCAGACUGAAGUUUGGCUCCAUGUUGUACUGCAGUGGGCAGUAUGAGGCAGCAGCAAACUGCCUGACCUACUGUGAGGGACUGCUUGGGACUGCAGUAUGGCAAUGUUGUGAAUGUAGAGGAAGACAGAAAAGACAACCAAACAAUGAGUUCAGGGAAAAGACUGUGAACACACCAUUCAAGGAUAUGUUACAGAAGUAUACAGCCUUACAUGUUAUUUUCACUCAAGAUGAUAUCCAUUGUGUUCCACAACAUAUUGUGUAUGAAAUGUUCAGAACAGUAGGAGAUGACGACAGGCAACAGAGACAUCCAGCUGUUAAAUAUAAAUGGAUGGACUACAUUGUGUUUGACAGUGUCCCAUUUCUCCACUACCUGCAGUACCUCACACACUCAUGUGAAAGAAACCAACCUGAAAGAAAGUUUAGGGCACUGAACAACCUUUAUUACUACAUAUCUUUGAGUCAAGGCCAUGGUCAUAUAGACACAGCCUGGAACAUGCUGGGCCACUGUUAUGAACUGGAGAACAAGCUGGACCUGGCCUGGUCCUGCUACACCAAGUCACUGCAGCUCUUCCCAAGAAACAAUGCAGCCAACUGGCAUGUAGCUAGGAUCAUGAAUCAACACUUAAUAGUUGAGAAUAUUUAUCAACGUUGAUGCACCUAUCAGAACAAGAUGAAUCUAUUCCAUUUUGACACUGUAUGGCUUCAUAAAUAAUUUAAUACGUUGGUGAAAAAAACUGGAAUAAAAAUUUCAACUUUAAA